AUGUUUGUAGUGGCCAGCUUAAGCUUGUGGUUGCUUGCUAUUGGAAACAUUUCUGCAGACCAAUGUUCCCCGACGAAUUACGUCACCAUCAUAAGAGACGUUGACGAGUGUUCCCUGGGAACUCACAAAUGUCACUCAAACGCCACCUGCAAUAACACAAUUAGCUCCUACGAAUGUCACUGUCGGGGAGGAUUUUUAGGAAAUGGGAAGACAUGUUCAGACGUUGACGAGUGUUCCCUGGGAACUCACAAAUGUCACUCAAACGCAACCUGCAAUAACACAAUUGGCUCCUACGAAUGUCACUGUCGCAGAGGAUUUUUAGGAAAUGGUGAAACAUGUUCAGACGUUGACGAAUGUUCCCUGGGAACAUACAAAUGUCACUCAAACGCAACCUGCAAUAACACUAUUGGCUCCUACGAAUGUCACUGUCGCGGAGGAUUUUUAGGAAAUGGGAAGACAUGUUCAGACGUUGACGAGUGUUCCCUGGGAACUCACAAAUGUCACUCAAACGCAACCUGCAAUAACACAAUUGGCUCCUACGAAUGUCAUUGUCGCAGAGGGUUUUUAGGAAAUGGUGAAACAUGUUCAGACGUUGACGAAUGUUCCCUGGGAACAUACAAAUGUCACUCAAACGCAACCUGCAAUAACACUAUUGGCUCCUACGAAUGUCACUGUCGCGGAGGAUUUUUAGGAAAUGGGAAGACAUGUUCAGACGUUGACGAGUGUUCCCUGGGAACUCACAAAUGUCACUCAAACGCAACCUGCAAUAACACAAUUGGCUCCUACGAAUGUCACUGUCGCAGAGGAUUUUUAGGAAAUGGUGAAACAUGUUCAGACGUUGACGAAUGUUCCCUGCGAACAUACAAAUGUCACUCAAACGCAACCUGCAAUAACACUAUUGGCUCCUACGAAUGUCACUGUCGCGGAGGAUUUUUAGGAAAUGGGAAGACAUGUUCAGACGUUGACGAGUGUUCCCUGGGAACUCACAAAUGUCACUCAAACGCAACCUGCAAUAACACAAUUGGCUCCUACGAAUGUCAUUGUCGCAGAGGGUUUUUAGGAAAUGGUGAAACAUGUUCAGUUUCAUGCAUAGACCCGAGGCCAUUGGGAAUGCAAAGCGGCAAAAUACCCAAUUCGACAAUCACAGCAUCAUCAACAUUUGGUACUCAUUAUUAUAACCCUCACUUCGCGAGAUUGAAUACGACAGGCAAAUCUUGUAGUUGGGCACCAACAGCAGAAGGAAGAGUUGGCUCGUGGUUACAAGUUGAUCUUGGAAAAAAAACAGCUGUCACAGGAUUUUCAACUCAAGGAACAUGUUAUUGGGGGGAAGAGUGGGCGAUCUCUUACUCGAUUGCAUACAGCGACAAUGGUACUAAUUGGACUGAUUAUGAAGAGUCAGGGACGGUGAAGGUUUUUCAAGGCAACCAAGAUCGAAACUCCAAUGUUACCAACACCUUCAUAACUGAAAUCAAAGCUCGAUACGUUCGUGUGUUGCCGAAAUCAUGGAGCAACUAUCCCAUAAUGAGACUCGAGUUGUACGGUUGUUACUGA